CAGUUAUUUUUGGUUUUCACUCUUACCGCACAAUAACCUCAGCAUGAGUCUGGGUCUCGGUGACGAUGAAGAAUGCGAGACUCUGCAGGCGGCAUUGGCCUUCAUCGACGAGUACGGGAACGACCUGUUCAGCGACGAGAGCUCGUCAAGCUCCCGUGAAUCCCAUACUACCAAGCACAACAGCAACAAUGUCACGCGGCAUUCAAAGCAGACCAACAGAAUUUCUCGCAAUACCGCCGGGACAACUAGUUUACCACGUCCGCGAACCAAACAGCAACUCCCCAGAAGGAACCGGUCACGAGAUCGACAGAGACUUGAGAUCCUCCAACUGCGAGCAGAAGCGCAAGUGCUGCAGAAUCGCAUCGCUGACAUGAAAAGGAAGCAGCAAGCUGCUGAUGCUGAAGACGCAAUAGUCGACGUGAUGAAUCCGACUUUCGACCAAGACAAUGGUCCCCGCUUCGACGUGUGGAAGGAUCUAGCAAAAAAAAAUACCGCCGGCUUCGGAAAGAAUCUGAUGCGGCAAACCGACACCUUUGUGACAUCUACACUCGCCAAACUGCAACAAUUGAAACGUUGAGAAGGCUUUUGCAGAUGCAGGAGCAAGUGAAGGUUAGUUCGUAUAUUCAAAGCUUUUAACAUGAAGUCUUUUU